UUAAAAAAUUACCAUGCCUGUUUGCAACAACAUUUUUGUUGUUGUGACUCAAAGCGCUUGGACGUGAAGCAAAUUUACAAUUGAAAAGUGAAAGUUAAAGAGUGGCACCCUGGCACCUUUUGCUGUAUCUUUAAACAUGAGCAAACUGCUACUAUUGGUGGCAUUAUGUGGAACCUUUUUCGUAAAAGCGCAUGCUGAAAGUAUCUUUUCGUUGGAAUCUUUUAACUAUCCUCAGUAUAGAAUUGGGAUUAGAAGUGAUGCAAGUGCAGCAAUUACAUUAUAUGGUACUGAGGAGUUUCGCAUUGUAGGAGCACUUAACGGACGGGCCGAUGCAAUUUCUCUUCAGUCAGUGAAGGAUAGCAAUAAGUUCCUUCGUCAUCAAGGUUAUAUCCUCAAGUUGCAUCCAGAAGAUAACUCUGCGCUCUUUAAUAACGAUGCUUCUUUCAUUGUUCGUCACAAUAAAUAUUACCCAGGCUAUGUUUCGUUUGAAUCAACAAAUUACCCCGGUCAUUUUCUAAGACAUCAAGGUUAUACUAUUAAAUUAAACAACGAAGAGCCACAUGUUGAGCUUUUUCGCAAAGAUGCAAGCUUUAGAUUUGUUCAACUGGGAAUUUCUCUUAUUGGAAAACGAUACUCGUUUCGAUCCAACAAUUAUCCAUUGUAUCGCAUAGGCAUAAGAGAAGAUGAUACUGCAGCUAUUCAGUUAAACAACUGGCAUGAGUUUAUAAUUGUGAAGGCACUUAACGGACGCGACGACUCUGUUUCUCUUCAGUCUACACAACAAAGCAACAAGUACUUACGUCAUCAAAACUAUAUUCUUAAGCUACAUUCAGUAGAUCUUUAUUCUGACCUCUACAAGAACGAUGCUUCAUUUAUUAUUCGUCAAAACUAUAAUUAUCGAGGUUACAUUUCAUUUGAGUCAACAAACUACCCUGGUUAUUUUCUGAGACAUCAAGGCUAUACUAUGAAGUUGCAUGCAGAAGAACCUCUUGUUGAACUUUACAGAAGAGAUGCAAGUUUUAAAUUGAGUAGUUUUAUGAAGACACAUUAUUACUCUCAUUUAAUAAAUGUGUGUAAAGUUUUGUUAUCUUUUGAUUAGUUUUUUGAUUUUUGUUUAAAUUAAGUUAACAUUAUAAUAAUUUAAGUUAACAAAAACUUUUUUAAGUUUUUUAAACAUAACUUCUACUAUUAUUUUUAUACAAUGUUAGUAACUUGAAAUGUAUGAUUUAAUAAAAGUCGGAUUAAUUAAUUAUAAAACAAA